CCUGGUUGACCUGCAGCCAGAAAACUGAUUCCAGCUGUGGGAGAAAAGGUCAGGGUUGCAUUUCCCUUCCUUUCUUCUUGAUGGAUGAGAAGCUUGCUCUUUAAAAUGUGGACUCUCCAAGGCCAGGUGGACUGGUGUCUUGCCAAGACUGUGUGGGCGGGACAGUGGGCAGGGACCUGAGGGAAGGAGACCAAGGAGGCCCCAGAAGAGCCCGAGCAGCGAGGUGGAUGAAGGGCCUCAAAAGCUAUAAGUGGCCGUGCCAGGGCCUGUGCCUGGGUCUCUGGCCAUGCUACUCCUUGGGCUGCUACUGCUGACCGCACUGGCCGGCGCCCGCCUGCUGUGGAACAAGUGGAAGUACAGGAGCCUCCACCUCCCACCUCUUGCCCCCGGCUUCCUACACCUGCUGCAGCCCGACCUUCCCAUCUAUCUGCUUGGUCUGACUCAGAAACUGGGCCCUGUCUAUAGGCUCCGCCUCGGGCUGCAAGAUGUGGUGGUGCUGAACUCUAAGAGGACCAUUGAGGAGGCCAUGAUCAGGAGAUGGGUGGACUUUGCUGGCAGACCCCAGAUGCCCUCCUAUAAGCUGGUAUCUCAGCCCUACCAGGACCUCUCACUAGGGGACUAUUCCCUGCUCUGGAGUGCUCACAAGAAACUCACCCGCUCGGCCCUGCUGCUGGGCAUCCGCAACUCCAUGGAGCCACUGGUGGAGCAGCUGACCCAGGAGUUCUGUGAGCGCAUGAGAGCCCAGGCCGGCACCCCUGUGGCCAUCCAGAAGGAGUUCUCUUUCCUCACCUGCAGCAUCAUCUGUUGCCUCACCUUUGGAGACAAGGAGGACACCUUAGUACAUGCCUUUCAUGACUGUGUCCAAGAUUUGAUGAAAAGCUGGGAGCACUGGUCCAUCCAAGUUUUGGACAUAGUUCCCUUUCUCAGGUUCUUCCCCAACCCAGGCCUCCGGAGGCUGAAGCAGGCCUUGGAGAACAGGGACCGCAUUGUAGAGAAGCAGCUGAGGCAGCACAAGGACAGCAUGGUGGCAGGCCAGUGGAGGGACAUGACCGACUACAUGCUCCAAGGGAUGGGGAAGCCAAGAGCGGAAAAGGGCCAUGGACGGCUCCUUGAAGGACACGUGCAUAUGUCUGUGGUGGACCUUUUCAUUGGUGGCACUGAGACCACGGCGACCACCCUCUCCUGGGCUGUGGCGUUCUUGCUUCACCACCCUGAGAUUCAGCAGCGACUGCAGGAGGAGCUGGACUGUGAACUGGGCCCUGGGGCUUCAGGCUCCCGAGUCCCGCUCAAAGACCCUGCACGGUUGCCCUUGCUCACCGCCACCAUCGCUGAAGUGCUGCGCCUGCGGCCUGUUGUGCCCCUGGCCCUGCCUCACCGCACCACGCGGCAUAGCAGCAUCUUAGGCUACGACAUCCCUGAGGGCACGGUUGUCAUCCCCAACCUGCAAGGCGCCCACUUGGACGACACAGUCUGGGAGCAGCCACAUGAGUUCCGGCCGGAUCGUUUCCUGGUCCCAGGCACCAGACCGAGAGUGCUGGCCUUUGGCUGCGGAGCGCGAGUGUGCCUGGGCGAGCCGCUGGCACGCCUUGAGCUCUUUGUGGUGCUGGCGCGGCUGCUCCAUGCCUUCACGCUGCUGCCCCCCACGGGCCCGCUGCCCUCUCUGCGACCCAGGUCCCACUGUGGCAUCAACCUCACAAUGCAGCCUUUCCAGGUGCGGCUGCAGCCCCGGGGAGCAGUGGCCCUGGGGCUGAGCCAGCACCAGUGA